CGUUUUUGUGCAUGCGCAGUAGAUUGAGACGUGCCCGUUGACGCAUGCGCUAUAAGAAUCUAGCGGUGUCAUCGUUACCUAAACAACGUACUCUGAAAAGUUGAUUUAUACUAUGGGGGGUCAGGUGUCCUUUGAUGAGAAGGUUCAUGUGGUGAUUGUUGGUGGCGGGUUUGGUGGAAUUGCAGCUGCCCAGCACCUCAAAAGUCAAGGGGUUCCCUUUAUUCUGAUUAACCCAUUAGACGCGUUUCAUCACAACGUUGCAUCACUUCGUGCUUCAGUUCAAAGUGGUUUUGCCCAGCAAACCUUUAUUCAGUACAAAAAAACAUUUGGACUGAAUUUCCUUCAAGGGCGUGUCAUACGAAUAGACACUACAGAAAAAAUUGUUGUGCUUGAUAAUGGAAAGGAAGUAAGAUAUUCACAUCUCAUCCUCUGCACUGGAUCAGAUGGACCUUUUCCUGGGAAGUGCAACAUUGUGGAUUCCUACCAGAAAGCGAUUGAGAAGUAUGAGGAUAUUGUGAAAGAGAUCCAGGCAGCUGAAUCAGUGCUUGUGAUUGGUGGUGGAGCCACUGGGGUGGAAAUGGCUGCUGAGAUCCGGACAGAAUAUCCAAACAAGAAGGUAAUUCUUAUUCACUCACGUGAUGCUCUAGCUGAUUCAGAGCUGCUCCCCAGUGUAAGAGAAGAGGCCAGAAAGGUACUGCUGGAUAAAGGGGUGGAAUUAUUUCUAGAACAGAAAGUUUCAAACCUUGAUGAGCUGGAACUGAAUGUGACGCUGAAGGGAAGAGUGGUGAAGACGGAUAAGAACAAGCAGUUUACUGUUGACCUUAUUAUAUGCUGUACAGGGAUCAAGAUCAGUUCAGAUGCAUACAAGUCCAGUUUUGGUGGGUGUCUAGCAGAGAAUGGAGCCCUGAAAGUGAAUAAGCACUUGCAGGUGGAGGGCUUUGACAACAUAUAUGCGGUUGGAGACUGUGCUAAUAUAAAUGAACCCAAGAUGGCCUAUCAUGCUGGUCUCCAUGCUGGGGUGGCUGUGACAAAUAUCAUUAACAGCCUGACUGGAAAAGCAUUGACCUCAUACAAAACGGGAAAUGUGACAAUGCUAUUGGCCAUGGGUAGAGAUGAUGGUGUGGGUCAAUUUAAUGGUUAUAAACUGCCUCGCUUCUUAGUCACCAAGGGAAAGAGUGAGAGCCUACUACUCUGGAAGAGCUGGAGGGAAAUGGGACAGAAAGCCCCCAGCUAGUAGGUAUCCACAUGCCCUGUUAUUGUGCCAUACACAAACAAAGAUGAAUCUACUUCUGAGAGCUUGCAUUAUGAUGUAUUGGGGAUAUGGGGAUGUAUGUUAAGCAAGCCAACUGUAUAAAUAUAACUGAAUAACUGUUAAAAUAUCUUUAAAUCCAGAUGACAGCCUCUGUUGGAAAUUGCAGGGGAAAUUAAUGGUUGAUUUUACUUUUCUAGUAUUAGUGUUUGUGUUCACACACAGUCCUCUCCAUAUAACAUUGGAACUUUUGUUUUGUUAUAUACUGAAUACAUUUGGGUUUGAGGUUAAAAGAUAAAAAAUGCAUUUCAGCUUUAACAUCUACAUGUUUAUAUGUAGAAGAAACAACUUAGAACAUGGCACCUUUUUGUUUUUCAAUUACCAGGUGAUGAAAAUAUUUUGACACGACAAACCUGGAAAACCACAAAUGAAUAUUGACAUGUUUUGUUGAUGUCAGUGGGUUGUUGAGUUGAUGCAGUUAUUUCAAACAGGGAAUAUGUGUUGCUAACUUUAAUUUACUUUAAUUUACUAUUUUCCAAUACUGUUCUAAUACUUACCUAACAUCAGGUGGUAUAGGAAAAGAGGUUCCAUGUCCUUAGCUGUUUAACACACAUGUAUGUAAAUUUAAGAAAAUAAAAGCUGAGAUUCUUCUCUAUCACCUUCACUUAAACUUUUGAUCUCAAACCUAAUGUCCUCAGUGUAAAACAAAAAUUAUUGUCCUUGGUGAUUGGUGUUCCAGUAUGUUUUUAGGAGAAUGUUAAUAAUGAUUAACCAAAAUCCCAUAAAUUCCUGUUUCAUGUAUUCUUUGAUGCUGUAUGCUGAAAAUAAAUUGUCUAUUAAAUAAUUAUAUUUCUAAUAAAAUAUAGUACGCAUUUAUUGUUAAUGAUGUAUAGCCCAGGAUCUCCAUUUGUAUUAUUAAAAAAUUCUAAGCACAA